AUGUCUACCAACGAAGACUCUUCUCUCAUCCUCAAAAACCACCUGUCCAGGAUCGACGAGCUAAAAACUCGAAUCAAAACGACCCAGGAACUCUAUGCAGACCUUGAAGGCCGGUAUAAAGACCUAAAUCAAAAGAUCUUCAGAACCGGCGCUCGAGGCCACGCUUUAAAAGCACUCCCACAGUUCUAUAGGAUCGUCGUCACUGACGAGAAGAAAUGGGAGAAGCUAAUGUACGAGAAGGCUGAAGUCGCAGGAGGCCUGGAGGACCUGGAAGAGGUCCUGAGUGUCUUACAGGCAAAGAUGGAUGAGCUACUAGUGUCCUUACCAGCACGAAAAGAUAUGCUCAUUCAUAUGCCGAAAAAGGUGUCGCUCCUUGACAUCAGAAAAUCGGGGAUUGGUGGGUGA